CGUCGAGAUACGGCGGAAAUGACGUACAACACGGAAGAGGAAACACUUCGAAAACCAUUUGAAUGACCGUGUGGGCCUUCUUGUUCAUCUGAGUGUGGUUAAAUUUGUGUUGUUAUUAUUAUUGAGUAGAUUAGUUAAUAUAAUGUCAGGAAUACCUCCGGACACAUGGCAACCUCCCACUGUUACGCUGGACACAACGAUGGGGACAAUUGUGUUGGAGCUCUACUGGAGACAUGCACCCAAGACCUGCAAGAACUUUGCUGAACUGGCGAGAAGAGGAUACUACAAUAAUACAAUGUUCCAUCGGAUAAUCCAGAACUUCAUGGUGCAGGGUGGUGACCCUACUGGCACAGGUCGGGGUGGUGCCUCCAUAUUUGGGAAACAGUUUGAAGAUGAGCUCCACCAAGAUCUUAAAUUCACUGGUGCUGGUAUAAUAGCUAUGGCCAAUGCAGGACCAGAUUCUAAUGGAAGCCAGUUCUUCCUCACACUCAGGCCUACUCAGUGGUUGGAUGGAAAGCACAGCAUUUUUGGAAGAGUGCACCAGGGUAUGGGAGUGUUGAACCGCAUUGGGCUGGUGGAGACCCAAGGGCAAGAUCGACCUGUUGAUGACGUAAAGAUAAUCUCAGUUUCUGUGGCCAACUAAUUUUUAUUUUUAUUUUUUUUAAAUAAAUUCAAAAGGAUC